UACUAAUUUAUGUGGUCUAAUGGUUGCAUUUGAAGCCAAUUAGUCACCUCUCCUGACAUUUGUUCUUGGUAAUGGUUCUCUUAGAGUUUCCUGGAUCUUGUGAUUGAGAUGGAGAAACUAAAGCUGGUUGCUCCAGAUCAACUGGAUUUAUUAGAAAAAUGCCUAGAGACCAUCCACAGAAUAGACCUGAAGACAAAAAUCCAGAAAUACAGGCAAUCUGACCUCUUGUCUGCUUGUCGAGCUCCAAGAGUGGGAGCAAAUUAUACCAAUGGUGUUCACGCCUCUCUCCUGAACUUGACUCUCAAAGAUCCUUCAUGUAACUUAAGGCUACAGAAUGGAAGAAUUAAAGACCAAAGGCUUGUGGAACAACUUGGCAUUCAAAGAAGGCCGGUGAAGAAGUCCGUUCAGGAAUCAGGAGCCUCGGUGCCUCAGCACCUAACAGAAGAGAGAUACAGGAUGCGGAGCAAGCCCCUGGGAAUCUGCCUGAUAAUUGAUUGCAUCGGCACUAACAUAGAGGGUCUUCAAAACACCUUCACUUCUCUGGGCUUUAAAGUGCAGCCCUUCAAGUAUCUCCGUAUGUGUGACAUCAUCAGCGAACUUGACAAAGCUGCCAGGGAACCCAAGCAUCAAGACUAUGACAGCUUUGUGUGUAUCCUAGUGAGCCGAGGAAGUGCCCAGAGUGUAUUCGGUGUGGACAAGUUUGAAUCGGGCUUUCCCUUGCACAACAUCCGGAAGAUGUUCAUGGGGGACUCGUGCCCUUAUCUCGUAGGGAAGCCUAAGCUUUUCUUCCUCCAGAACUAUGUGGUGUCAGAGAGCCUGCUGGAGGUGGAUGGACCGGCUGUGAAAACUUCCGAACCCAAGAUGCCACACCUGGGACCCUCCACCAUUCACCGUGAAGCCGACUUCUUCUGGAGCCUGUGCACGGCGGAUGUGUCCCUGCUGGAGCAGGUGCCCAGCUCACCUUCCCUAUACUUGCAGGUCCUCUCCCAGAAGUUGGGACAAGAAAGAAAACGCCCACUCCUGGACCUCCAUGUUGAACUCAACAGCAAAGUGUGUGAUUGGAACAGUCAAGUUCCUGCUAAGAAGAAGUACCAUGUCUUGCUGCAGCAUACUCUGCGAAAACAACUCAUCCUUUCUUAACCAAAAAACAAUUCAAA